CUCCUCCUUCGAGGCCGCCCUGUUCCCACUGGUCUGCAGCCCAGCCUGUUCGGGGUUGCCCUAGCAAGUGCUCGCCUGGGACAUGCUGCGGCAGGGGAAUUUGGGCCUUUUUAUUACUUUUCUUUUUUUUGAAAUGUAUUAUUUAUUUAUUUAUUAAUGUUUCGCACACGAAAGAGUCAGAGAGAGAGAGAGGUGAGGGGAUCGGGACAACACGUGAAAGGGACCUCACGGCACAGCCUCGGCUCCAGCGUAGGCCGCUCGCUGGUCACAGCCUGCAGCGCUGCACCACCGCUGACGCCACGUUGCCCUGGGAGAGGCGCUCAGUGCGGUUUUUUGCAAACCAUCGGUUGGAAAGGUUUGGGGACUUCUGAGGUGCGUCCCUCACCCGUCACAGUGAGGGAGCUUGAGGAUUGGAAGGAUCCAACCGUUUGUGUCCCAGAAAAAGCAGCGUGGCCAGGCACAGGACUUUAAUUAUGUCCUUUGGUGCUGUUGACAUCCUCUGCAUUUCGGCCAUGGUCGGUAGCACCGUCUGAGAACGUAUCAGGAAUAAUUUGGGGUAUAGAUCUCUCCAGUCACUUCGUCUCUAACUUGUUGAACUGUUUCUUCCCUUCCUUCCCUCCUGCACAGACUGACACAACUGCAGUAUUUUGUCUGUCCUUCUCUGCUCUUUUCCUCAUUUUGGGGACUUUUUUUGACAGUUUUAUGGACUCACCCUGGAGCUAACAAAACCAGGUGGUAAUGGGGUUAAUAGAGAUGGCUAUGCCAUGUUUCUACUCCCUGUCAGAAUGUCAGACUGUUUUGAAACAUAACCAUUUCUAAGCCUGAAAUACUGUUGUAAGUUGUAAUAAUAGGGAUGUUUUCACUGCUUUGUAAUAGGAUGUGGAAAAAGAUAAACAGAUGAAGCAAUUUGCAUUAGUGAUCUGUGUGAACUUGAGCAAAAGCUGAGAUUCUUGGACCAGUCAUUUAAUUACUGGAUCCUUUCCUAAAGAUUGAAUACAACGGAGCUGGAAAUUCUGGAAGCUUUGAUUAAGAUCAAAAAAAAUUGUAUAUGGCAAAUGCAAAAAUGAAAUUUAAAAUCAGUACCCUAUACCCAUUUUAACAGAUUAUUGAGAAAGAUAGUAUUUUAUGGGUUAUAAGAAUUCCCAGCAAUUUAUUUGAUUAACUGCAAAUGGCCUCUUAAGGUUUUUUUCAGUGCAGAAGACGAAACAAUCCAAUUCUGUCUUUUUCCAUUUAGAGGAGAACUAGCCAAUUCUUUAUUCACAGUAUACAGGAGUAUUUCUGUUCAAGAUGAACAAGAUUGGGUUAAACAUUUGGCAUAACCAUGAAACUGAAAAUCAAUGUCCAGUGUCAGUUACUAAGGCUAAAACUCUGCAAGCAAUUACAUAUAACUUAAUGUACUGCAUGGAAGCUAUAUGAGGCUAUUGUCACCUGCUAUCAAAAUCAAAUUGUAAAGUUGUUUCUGCCUGUUGCUCACGUAUUAGCAACAUUUAGACAUACUAAUUUGGUGUGCUUGUGUUUGUCACUGCCAUUGGACCUAAAUAAAUGAAGAAAAUACUGUCUGAAACUGCCCUUGCAAAUUGAAACAGUUGUUUUACAAUUGGUGAUCUGACUGUCUUCUCUUGACAGCUACAGCUGUAAGCAGCAUCCAGUGUCUUUGUGGAAACAAACAUAUAGGUUAAAUAAUCAGCUCCUGAAGUGACUUCUCUUCAGAACUCACAUUUUCUGCCUGUGCUUCUAAUGCAGUACUUUGUCAGAAGGACUUUGGAGAGUUUCCCAGUAUUUGCUUUAACACGUAAACAAAGGUCACAGUCACUGGUGCUGUAAUGUCCUGGGUACAAGUUGCCAUCAGCCAAUCCAGUGAGGAUAUAUUUGAUGAAGAUGCAGAUGAGAUAUAUCUAGCACAGAAAGAAUGGAAUAGCACCAUGAAGAAAAGAUUGAAGGAAGGCUAUAGGGAUGGCAUUGAGGCUGGGAAAGAGCUUGCACUCCAGGAAGGCUUCAAUCAGGGUUACAGACAAGGUGCUGAGCUGAUGGUGACAUGUGGCCAGUUCAGAGGCACCCUGAAUGCUCUCUUAUCGUGGUGUCAUCUUAAUGGACAUGACUCCGCUUUGAGUAAGAUAAAUCAUCUUCUAGAUGUGAUUGGAAAGCAUGAAGAUGAUAUGCUUAAGUACCUGAAUUCUAUCCAGGAACAGUCACAUCUUGGAGACAUUUUAGAUUUUGUUCAGGACAUGGACCUUAGUGAUACAGCUCCAGCUGGGACGGAGUGCAAUGCAGUUAAAGCUGGAAAAUAUGGACAUAAUGGCAGCGCUGGCAAAAUUUGUAGAAAUAAUGGUAAGGGUGAUUGCUUGCAGUCUGAUUGUAGCAAGGCAAAACUCUGCACAGAUCCUGAAAGGCUAACCCUGGCUUGGGUUAAGGAGCAGACUGUUUGGUUAGUAGAGCAACUGGGCUUGUCACUGGACAUACUACAUCAUGUCCAGCAACUAGGACAUUAGUUUCUCUGUCUUGUGGUAUUUAAAACUGUCCGAACUGGAUUGGAUUGUUUGUGGAUCAGGAACGAGCUCAUGGUUCACUUAAUUUCAGGAAAACCUGAUUCUGAUGCUUCCUAGUAGAGGUUAUUCCCAUAAACUGUUACCAUACUUUGGCUCCUGUCCAAAAAAAAGUUUUAAAUUGCUUUCAAUUUUAAACAAUGACUUUCAUAGAAAGGUGAGAUGAUUUCAAAAGCUCUACAGUGAUUCACUAAACAUGUUUCUGUUCUAUGUGAGAAUUUGAUGUUAUACCCUUUAUUGUUCUCUUCUUGGAAGUAGAGCAGGUUGCCUGUAUGGUUUCUUCUAAUGUCAAAAAAAUGAAUCAAAACUGAUUAUAUGCAUAGAAUGCCUAAUGCUAUGGAUGAGCUACACUUAUAGAAUAAGUUGCUUUUGAUGAUAUGCUAGCUCUAUUCAAAACAGAACAGGAUCUCCUGACAUGCAGAGUGCUGUGACUCUCCCUAGUACUACAUAAAAACUGCAGGAAUUUUUCACCUUAUGUCAAAAUCUUCUUCCUGUCCUUUGCAACCACUAUGCAGUGCACUUGCACAGCCUUUAGUUUAAAAAAAAAAUUUCCCCUUCUUCCUACAGUUCUAUUUACAUACCACUCUUUGCAAAUGCAAAAGUACUGAUAAUUCUGUUGUUUUACUCUGUUACACUGUCUGCUCUGAACCUGUUGGACCACACCACUCUUCCAGUCUAAAGGAUGUUACUUUUGUAUUUAUUUUGCCAGUCCUUCUAGCCUGAGUCUUCUUCCCCCUCAUUCCCAUGGUGUUCCCCCUCCCCCCCCAGCCCAACUUUUUAGGGAAGCAGGGCUUCCUGCCUUCACGUUCUCUCAGAAACAUGCUGUCAGCCAUGCAACUGUAUUUCUGAUAACUUUGUAUUUCUAUGCCAGCAUCCUGUAUUUGACUUCCUUUCCUUUGCUUGCCUUAACUUUGACUGCAAAUUCCUCUGGUCAGGAAGCCUUUUCUUUGUAAAGGCCCAUCUCCAUUUUACAGUAAUUAAACUGUUUACAGUAAGUGAGGAGUUUAAGUUGUUUGUAACCAUUCUGCAUGUCUGAAACAAGGUGGGUCUAGGCUGAGACAAACUUAAUCAGACUGCAUUGAUUACAUUUGUACAAAAUUGUUCAAACCAAUUUUUCCUUCUAUUUAUUUAAUUUAAUGCUGACAUUGACAAAGAUUACUUUUCUUCUGUGCACGUUACAUUACAGCCUGUAUCACAUACAUCAGACAAUUUUUUUCAGUACUACAGUGGAAUAUAAUGCAGACAAAAAUAAAGAUUCCUAGAGCAUUGUUAGACUUGCCAAAUUUGGAAACUUGAAAUUCAAGAGUAUUACCUCUAUUUAAUGAUAUAGAAAGAGGAAACACUCAAAGAAAAUUAAGUAGACAGUAAACUUAGCUUGCCAAGUUCUCUUCAACUACUUUUGCAAAAAAAAAA